GCGUCAAAACAACAGCUCCAAACAUUACAACAAUAUUACAAUAAUCUUACACUUAUUUACAUCUAAUAAUUAAUUAAAAUGAUCGGUGACAAUGAGGACUGUCAUUCAUUAUGUGACUCAGUGAAUUUACUUGAAGAAGGCUGUCGUUUGCCGGUUCGCAUGCACAGUACCAAUGAUUGGACAUUAGCGGAAUUAAUAAGUGUAAAAGAAGUAAUGGGAGUUAAAUAUUAUUAUGUACAUUAUGUUGAUUUCAACAAAAGAUUAGACGAAUGGGUAACAGAAGACUGCCUGGACACUCGUAAAGUUCAGUACCCGCAUCGCGAUGGAGCGACGGCCCCAGGAACCGGAUGCGCGACGCCAAAAAAACACAGCCGACCCCCAAGUCCCAGCAGCAUAAUCGCCGAGCCUGUUAACGGCUCGGCCGUUCUCCAGGCUGCUUUACAAAAGCGGAUAUCCCGCAAACGAAAGGGGACCUUUCUCGAUAAUGAGGACUCCCAGGAAGCGACGAACCCCGUGGGGACCCAGCCCACCGUGGCGGGUCCACGGCCUACUGGCUCCAUGGUUACCCACCACCACGACGACGUGGUUACGAGGAUGAAAAAUAUCGAACUGAUAGAACUAGGCCGGCAUCGAAUAAAACCCUGGUACUUCAGUCCCUAUCCCGAGGCGAUGGUUAACUUGCCCUGCAUUUAUAUCUGCGAGUUUUGUCUCAAGUAUCGAAAAAGCCGCAAGUGUCUCGAGCGGCAUCUAGUCAAGUGCAAUUUACGGCAUCCGCCUGGUAACGAAAUUUACCGGAAAGGCUCGAUAUCAUUUUUCGAAAUCGACGGCCGGAAGAACAAAAAUUACGCGCAAAAUUUAUGUCUGCUCGCAAAAUUAUUUCUAGACCACAAAACUCUUUACUAUGACACUGACCCUUUUCUGUUCUACGUGAUGACGGACUUUGACAGCAGGGGGUUCCACAUCGUGGGCUACUUCUCCAAGGAAAAAGAGUCUACGGAAGACUACAACGUCGCUUGUAUUUUAACGUUACCGCCGUACCAGCGCAAAGGUUAUGGCAAGCUGCUGAUCGAGUUUUCCUACGAGCUAUCGAAAUUCGAAGGCAAGACCGGGUCCCCGGAAAAACCGCUCUCGGAUCUGGGGUUACUCUCGUACAGGAGCUACUGGGCGCACACUAUUUUGGACAUUCUGAUAAAUGUAAAGCCCCUUGUGGACAAUGAGAAAGCCCAGAUUACUAUUAAUGAAAUUUGUGAGCUCACUGCCAUCAAGAAGGAAGACGUCAUCUCAACGCUGCAGCAUUUGAACCUUAUCAACUAUUACAAGGGUCAAUACAUCGUUACGCUUAAUAAUGUCAUAAUGGACCAGCACGCAGCGGCUAUGGAGAAGCGAUCGAUCAGGAUAGACUCCAGAUGCCUGAACUGGCAGCCCAAAGACUGGAGUGUCCGUGCCAAGUGGUGAAUAAUGAGCGACAAUAAGUUUGAAUUAACGAGACUCAUCAGCGGCUUAUUUCGUUUUUUAAAUUACCUAUAUUGUACAUAAAUGUAAUUUUAUAAAUUCUAAACAGAACAUGUCUAAUUCAAUAAUAGAAUUUAAGAAUUUUA